UGUUCAAAGCGCCUGGGCCACACAUGCGUCAGUUGGAAGUUAAGUACACUCUGCGCAAAGAACAUCUCCAAUGGCUCCUCAAUACGCACCGAGUUUACGCUUUCGUCUGGCACCUUUACUGCUGUUUCUGCAGACAGGGUUCAUUGUCAUAUAUGCGUUUUGCACUGAGAUCGAAAGCAAUGUAAAAGUAGAUGCAAUUACCUUCAGGAGCGUUUACUCUGAGUUCCAGGAUGUGAAUGUGAUGGUGAUUCUAGGUUUUGGCUUCUUAUGCACUUUUCUAGUGCGGUAUGGUUUCAGUGGCGCUGGAUUCAACCUCCUUGUGGCUGUCGUGGCCACCCAGUGGGCAGUAAUACUCAAUGGAAUUGAAUCCUGGUAUUACAGAGGAAAAAUCAGGAUAAACUUGAGAAGCUUAAUAGUUGCUGAGAUGUGUGCAGCCUCUGCCCUCAUUUCAAUUGGAGCUGUGCUGGGGAAGACUAACCCUGUCCACCUCAUCCUCAUCGCCCUACUGGAGGUGUCAGGGUUUAUCCUGAAUGAAUGGCUCCUCCAGACUCUGCUGAGUGCCCAGCCUCUGAACAGCAUCAUGCUGCUUCACAUCUUUGGGGCCUUCUUUGGACUCAUGCUGACCUGGAUCCUGUAUCGGAAAGGAUCCGAGCAGCGAUUUGAAAAAGAGAAAUUUGACCGCAAAACAGGAUUAUUCUCCAUGUUGGGGAUCGUGUUUCUCUGGAUGUUUUGGCCCAGUUUUAAUUCAGUCCUUGUGGACAGUCAUGGUCCUGGGAAGAAGCUAGGAGCCGUUCUCAGCACCUACCUGGCCCUGGCUGUCAGUGCUGUAACAGCAGCUGGUGUGUCUGUGCUCUCCAGCCCCAAGGGAAAACUAAACCCGAUCCAUAUGCAGUCAUGCAUCUUUGCUGGCGGUGUUGCUGUUGGGGUUUCCAUGUCUGCGAUUCAUCAGCCAUGGGAAGCCAUGACAAUCGGAUUCACUGCUGCUCUUGUAUCGACCAUUGGAUUCCGAUACCUCAAGAUCCACAUGCUGCUUGCAUUUGAGUGCCAUGACACCUGUGCUGUCCUGAGCACACAUGGACUACCUGGUCUACUGGGAUGGCUGGCACAUCUCUUUCUACAGAUUAAAGACUGUGACGAUCACACAACGGCAAUCCGGUUUGCUGUAUUUCACAUUUGUACUCUCCUCAUCACCAUCACUCUGAGUCUGUCCAUGGGAAUCGUUACAGGACUCCUACUGAAGUGGAACUUUUGGAGAACGCCCCAAAACAAGAAAUGUUUUGAUGAUCAGGCUUUCUGGGAGUUUCCCAAUCUUGCUGUGCACAAAUAAGAAGACAGGAAAAGAAAUAGAUCAAGUCUGAUCCUGGAAGUACAAACUAUUUUUUUUGUGUGUGCAUUCAUAUCAAUGUAUAUAAUUUCAUACAAGUUAUUAGAUGUUUUUUAUGUGUGCAAGACUAGGAUUAAAAAAAAAAAAAAAAAAUCAACAUUGAACUGUGAAAGCAUGAAUACAGACUCAUUUAGUGCCCAGUAUGUUUCUGUUUAAUGCUGCCAUGGUUGAUAAGCGUUGCAGUCAAAUACAAACCUCCAGUACACAUAUAAUACCAUAUAGUUGUGAAACCUUUGUUGACAUCAUGUGAGCAGUGUGAG